AUGGUGGCCAACGGCUUUGCGGAGCAGAUCUGGGCGCUCUCUCCCCAGCACGCCGAAGCCCUAGCUCUGUUGCAGGGGUUGAAGUUCUUGAACAGAAGUGAAGCUACGCACGUGGGACAGGGUUUUGUCCAAAGCAGCGGAUGGAUAGUUGAAAGUGACAGUUCAAACAUGGUGGAUACUGUGAUGGGCCGGGCCGAAUCCUCCUGGGACAUAAAAGAAAUUAUUGAACAGUGCAAAGAAGAGCUUCAUUUUAUUAAAUCAGUCAGGGGCGUAGCUGUAACGGUCGAGCAUACUCUUCGCGAAGCAAACCGAGCUGCGGAUUGGCUCGCAAACUCCCACCGGUCCAAAAAUCUUCCUGCAAACUGGGUGCUUGUAUUUUCUGAGAUAUUGUGA